AUGGACAAGUACGAAAUCCUCGCUCAAAUUGGCGACGGCACCUUCGGGUCCGUUGCAAAGGCUGUGAGCAAGAAAACUGGCCAGCUUGUAGCCAUCAAGAAGAUGAAGCAGAAAUUCUACACGUGGGAGGAGUGCGUCAAGCUUCCCGAGGUAGACGUUGUGCGGCGCAUUCACGGCCACCCCAACGUGGUGAAGCUGCGUGAGGUAAUUCGCGAGAACAACGAACUGUUCUUCGUCUUCGAGUACAUGGACGGAGACCUCCUCAGCGUCAUCAAGAAAGCAAAGCAACAGGUCGGACCGUCCGCCAGUAGACCGUCUGCCGCGCCGUUAAUUCCGUAUCCGCUUGUGAAGAACUACAUGCGCCAAAUUCUGCAGGCACUUGUGUACAUCCACAAGCGCGGCUACUUCCAUCGCGACAUGAAGCCUGAAAACCUUCUCAUUCGGAAAGAGACAAGCGGCGACGAUGUGCUGAAGCUGGCAGAUUUCGGACUUGUCAAGGAGAUCCGUUCCCGCCCGCCGUUCACCGACUAUGUGUCGACGCGGUGGUACCGCGCGCCAGAGCUGCUGCUGCAGGAUCGCUACUACGGCGCUGCGGUGGAUGUAUGGGCUGCCGGCUGCAUUAUGGCGGAGCUCAUCACCAUGCGGCCUCUUUUUGCAGGCACCAACGAGGUAGAUCAGCUUUUCAAGAUAAUGUCGGUGCUUGGGUCUCCCACUGAGGAGGUGUGGGCUGGUGGGCUGCGCUUGGCCAAAAAGAUCCGCUAUACGUUUCCAGCAGUAGCCGGUUCCGGUCUUGCUCAAGUGCUGCCGUCGCAUAUCCCGUUACCGGCGCUGGAUCUGCUGCGUCAGAUGCUUGUCUACGACCCGAAGGUGAGGCUGACGGCGGAGCAAUGCCUGCAGCAUCCCUUUUUCAAAGUCAGCAUUGACGAGCACAACGCGCCAUCCUCCGCCGUGCUGGAUCAGCUGGCGCUCGUGGCAAAGCGGAUGCUACCAGGGUCGAAAACAGCGCCACCGGCGCUGAAGAGCCCCACCGUAGAUCAAUUGGCGGCGCUGAAGGUGGCCAGAGCCUCCACCGACGCAUCACUCUCGGCUACCUCUCCACGUAAGUUUUACCAACUCAGCACCCUCAAGGACUCCGCCCCGUCGUUCCCAAAGGUCCCGGUCCCCUUGUCCACCUCCCCACCGUCCCUUGACGCGCUGUCGAACGCUCCAUCACCUCUGCGUGGGCUUGGGACCCUCUCACCAGAGGGGCUACCAGCACUCGCCAACGGCUACCCGCGCCCCAGCCUGACGACGGCGUCCAAGGGAAAACGCCUCUUACAGGAAACAGCAGGCACUUCGCUUGCAAAGAAGCUAGCGGGCUUGAAAAACAUCAAGGCUGGAAACGGGAAGCUCUCUGUUCCUUACACGCUGGCGGCUGCCAGCGCUGCGCACUCGCCCAGUGCAGCACCUAAUUUGAUGGUCUCCGCGCCCAAGGCGAGGCCAUCCACCCUGGUACCCAUCACCAACAACCGCGACACCACGACGCCGCAGUGGCGCCGCAACCCGCACAAGGAAGCUGAGACUACUUCUCCUACGGCAACGUCUGCAGGGGCGAAGCGGGAAGUGAACCUGGACGAGCUAAUGGAUGAGUUUGCUUCAGAGAUGACCGCCAUGGGAGUGCUAGCGCAGCGAUACGACGCGGGUGCCUCAGGCGAACUGAACAACAAAAGCUGCACUUCUCAGUCAGCGCUUACGCACAAUCCUGUGGCCACGCUGCUGAACAACAGCCGGUACCCAAGAAAGUCCAUCGCGAACUCUAACCCUCCGUUUAAGGCAAGCAACUUGCCUCGCACCACACGCCCACUAGAUACAAGGAAGAUGGACGAUGGUGUCGCGAGGAGCGACCUUCCUCGCACAGAUCACUCAUCCCCAAAGGGGGUCUCGACAUCGCUGAAGGCGCUCCUCGCAAAGCACAAGAUGAGUGGUCUGGCGUUUCAAUAG